GCCCGAUGGAUGGUUCGGUGGCGUAUUGAGUUGCAGUGUUGUAAACUGAUUAAUAGCUGUGAAUUAUUUUGAUCGAAAUUGCGCACUAAACAUUAGAAAAAGCCAUAAAAAAGGGCGCAAUUGUGAUAAAAGAGAAAAAUAGAAUUUCCGUCACUUGGGAGUUGGAGUAAUUGCAUUUGUUUAUCUUCAUUGGAUACAAGUGUCCACGGAGAGUAGCGAGCAUUGCAUUUUCCUCGCUAGCAACAAAAGAUGUCCCAGAAACCACAAAUGUCGGCAAAGCAGCGCAGCAGCGGCAAUGGAAGCGGUGGCGGUAGCAGCCAGACAGGACGCGAACAAGGAAUCAGUCCGAGUCUCGGGCAGUCUUCGUCGUCGCGCGACCUCAACACGUCGUCGGGCAGCAGUUCCGUGUCGCCAGAUGCCCUUUCGCCUAACAUGUCCAACGAUCUUGCCUCCCUGUUCGAAUGUCCCGUGUGUUUUGACUACGUGUUGCCGCCGAUCCUGCAGUGCCAGAGUGGGCAUUUGGUGUGCAGCAGUUGCCGCAGCAAACUUACGUGUUGUCCUACGUGUCGCGGCUCGCUCGGCAACAUCCGGAACCUGGCGAUGGAAAAGGUGGCGUCCAACGUGAAAUUUCCCUGCAAACAUUCAAAUUUGGGGUGCACGGCAUCCAUCGUGUACACAGAGAAGGGCGAGCACGAAGAAGUCUGUGAAUAUCGUCCGUAUGCGUGUCCCUGCCCGGGCGCCAGUUGCAAGUGGCAAGGCUCGCUGGACCUCGUGAUGCCGCAUCUCAUGAUGUCGCACAAAAGUAUCACGACACUCCAAGGCGAGGACAUUGUUUUCCUCGCGACAGACAUUAACUUACCUGGUGCCGUCGACUGGGUCAUGAUGCAGUCGUGCUUCGGCCAUCACUUUAUGCUCGUGCUCGAGAAGCAGGAAAAGUUCGACGGGCAUCAGCAAUUUUUCGCGAUUGUGCAGCUCAUUGGAUCUCGUAAGCAGGCGGAGAACUUUGCGUAUCGUCUGGAACUGAAUGGCAAUCGGCGUCGUUUGACGUGGGAAGCGAUGCCGCGCUCCAUUCACGAGGGCGUUGCAAGUGCGAUUUUGAAUUGUGACUGUUUGGUGUUCGAUACAUCCAUUGCGCAACUGUUUGCGGACAACGGGAAUCUUGGUAUCAAUGUCACCAUUUCCAUCGUUUAAGCGACACACGAAAGACGCAACUCAGAUAUUUAUGACCUUUCCUUUUAAAAAAAUAUAAUUACUUUUGUAUAUAUUGAUACAUACGCAGAAGUGUGACUGACUUUAAAUACCUUUUUAGCGGGACUCCUUAGGACUCCUUUGUAGAUGCACUGAGUAUUGGGCACGCAUUUAACGCUCAAGAGAACUCAAGGAGACACAAGCACUUUAAAUUGAUGACAAAAUUAUCACUUAUGAAAAAUAAAAUUAAUUACAGCAUUA